CAUAACACACUUCCUGUUUGGGUAUUGCUUUGAAAGUGUUUCCACUGCAGAUCCAGACCCAGAGAUCAGAGAUCAGAGUGAGCUGUGCUCAACAUGGAGCUGCUUCUGCUGUACCUGACUGGAUCACUCCUCCACCAGCUCACCUGUUCAGCACCAGUACAGGACUCCAGUACACAGAUACACCUGCAGACAGCCACUACAGGCAAAUUCUGGCAUAUCUCAGACCUGCACCUCGACCCCACCUAUCAUAUCACCACAGAUCCUUCCAAAGUGUGUUUCUCCUCAAAGGGCUUUCCUGUGAAGAACCCCGGACUUUUUGGAGAUUUCCUGUGCGACUCUCCCUACCAGCUAAUUCUCUCAGCCUUCAGUCAUAUGAAACACGUGGAACAGCAGCCUGAGUUCAUAAUCUGGACGGGGGAUAGUCCUCCUCAUGUUCCACCAGAGGAGCUGUCCACAGAUGCUGUGAUCAGUGUGACAAGCAACAUGACUCACACCAUACGCCAGUUCUUCCCUCAGCUGCCAGUGUACCCAGCCCUGGGCAACCACGACUACUGGCCACAGGAUCAACUUCCAGCUAAAACAAAUGCAGUUUAUGAGGCUGUAGCCAAACUUUGGGCUCCAUGGCUGAGCUCAGAAGCCCUUGCUACUCUCCGUGAAGGUGGUUUUUACUCACAGCUGAUUAAGCCUGGUCUCCGUGUGGUGAGCCUAAACACAAACUUUUAUUACACUCCCAACAAGGCCACAGAGAACCUGACAGAUCCAGGUGGCCAAUUCAAGUGGCUGCAGGACACACUGGAGCUGUCCAAACAAAGCCUUGAGAAAGUCUAUGUGAUCGCUCAUGUCCCCAUUGGUUAUUUGCCUUAUGCUAAAGACACCACGGCCAUGAGGGAACACCACAACGAAAAGCUGGUGGACAUUUUCCGCAGCUACAGCAGCAUCAUUCAGGGCCAAUUCUAUGGUCACACUCACAGAGACAGCAUAAUGGUUUUGCUGGAUCAGCAAGGGAAGCCUGUUAACUCCAUCUUUGUAACACCGGCAGUGACCCCAAUAAAAAGUCCCGGGGAGCCGUUUUCAAACAAUCCUGGUGUCCGCAUGUACCUGUACGACACUCAAGACUAUGGCUUACAGGAUCUUUGGCAGUAUUACUUGAAUCUGACUGAAGCGAACAAGAAAGAGCAGCCCAACUGGAGCCUUGAAUACACCAUGACUGAGGCUUUCGCUAUCAAAGACAUUCAGCCACAAAGCCUGCAUGAACUCGCCCUGAAGUUUGAAGCACCACAAAGCAAAGACUUUCAGAAGUAUUUCACUCAUUUCAUGGUAAGUUACAGUGACACCAUUACCUGUGAAGGCGUCUGUAAGAUGGUGCAGGUCUGCUCUGUGCACUAUUUGGACCGGGAUUCUUACUCGCAGUGUAUGAAGAAGAGAAGAGCAGGUCGCCUCAAUUAAGUAGCCAGAACUACGAUGCAUAAUAUUUUUUCUUUUUCUCUGUAUCUUUUUGUUUCGUUGUAAUCACCAACAAAAAUAAAAAUUGUAGAUCUUGUUUUUUUUUUAAAGGGAAAAAAAUCAGUGUGUAUUUAACGGAAAGGAGGGUCUGAUUGUGAGAAAAGACAAAUCUGUGGAAAUGAUAAAAGUAGUAUAAAUGAUUACUUUAACCAAAUAAAUAGAUUUUAUAUUUUUGAGUUUUUUUUCCAAUGCUUUUCUAUAAGUAAAUGUAUUUUUCAGAUGAUUAUACUGAUUUGUUUUAAAAAUGGGGCUAAAUCGGUUUAUAUGAAAUGAAUCCCAUUUAAAGUUAUGGUUUAAAUAAUUUGUUUUAUUUUUUUUCGUUAGACGACUGUUUUUUGUAAUUGACUUGCUGCUGAAUUAUUGUUCACUUUAAUUUAGGCAUUAAAUAAUUUGAACGUGCUGCUUUGUUUUAUUUAGGCCAGUUACAUUUUCUUUAUUGUGAAGAUGGUGCCUUCUUUGCACAAAAAAAGAAACUGUCGAUAGCUGCUGUAUUGUAUUUUUAAUUGUUUCAUAAUUAAAGAAUUUCCUCUAAGCAUUGUAAA